UGCAGUUUCCCAGAUUCCCACUAAACGACAGACACCUCUUCGCAUCGCACAGUGGGCCGCUUGUGGGACCUGGGAGAGCAUCUCUGCAUCUGUUGCCGUCAAUUUACUCUUAAAAGCUACUUAGGUUUGCAGGUCAGUCUCUGACCGCGUGAGACCCCGGUUACGGAGCAGCGAUGACCCGCUGGAUCCGGUGCAUGACAGCGAGUCGGAGGGCGACGCAUUUGCUGAUCCUGGGAGUUUUAUGGGACGUUACGGCGAAGGAUGUUUGUGUGUGUAAAGGGAAGACCAGAUGUCACUGUGACCAAGUCAAAGGCAGCAAGGGUGAGACAGGAUACCCCGGUUUCGAGGGCCCUCCUGGUUUGGUUGGUUUUCCAGGUAAAGAAGGCCACCCAGGACCACCCGGCCUAAAGGGCCACAUCGGUCAGCCUGGAGAUCAAGGACCCAAAGGAAGCAGGGGAAUGAAUGGAGAUCCAGGACAUAUGGGGACUCCAGGACUGCCAGGUUUUCCAGGAGUACAGGGUCUCCCUGGAGAACCAGGCACCCCAGGUUGUGACGGCAUGAAGGGGGAAAGAGGCCAUCCAGGACCUCAUGGGGAUCCUGGCCGUGACGGAGUGCCUGGUCGUCCAGGGCAACUGGGUCCCAAGGGAGACUCCUACUUAUCCUCCUUUGAAGAUAAAGGUCAGCGUGGCGCUCCAGGUAGUUACGGUGCUAAGGGUCAAACAGGACCACCGGGGGCUCCUGGACUCCCUGGACCCUCAGGGCCGAUGGGCAUAAUCGGACCAGGGGGGCUGCCUGGUGCCCCAGGAGUAAAGGGUCUGGAAGGAAGAAGCUCGGGUAUCACAGGACCUCGAGGCCAAAAGGGGGAACCGGGACCUCCAGGAAUUCCUGGAAGGAAAGGAAUUAAACUGUAUGCAACAGGCUUCGAAUACCUACAGGGGGACCCGGGUGAUAUAGGUGAAAAGGGCGAUCCAGGGUCACCUGGUCGUCCGGGAAAUGCAGGACAUAAGGGCACAAAAGGGGACGAGGGGGAACCAGGAACUGAGGGAAAACCCGGGAAGGAUGGCAGCCCUGGAACUUCUGGUGACCUGGGAAGCAAAGGAGAUCGUGGCUUUCAAGGAUUCCCAGGGGAAUCAGGCCUGAAGGGGCAGAAAGGCAAUCAGGGCCCAAGAGGUGCCCCUGGCGAUAAGGUAGUACUUGACAGAGCCCUCAAAGGUCAGCACGGAUUGCCUGGUGCACCAGGUCAGCAAGGCCUUCCUGGCAGCCCAGGUCGCAUUGGCUCGCCUGGAUCUCCAGGACUCCCUGGUCUACGUUCUGUUCCAGGCCCUCCAGGUGCACCUGGGCCUCCAGGCACGCUGGGCCCCAAAGGAGAUAAGGGUGAACCUGGUGUCCCCAUUCAAGGCACUCCAGGGAGAGAUGGAGAUCCAGGAACACCUGGAGAACUAGGAGAUCCCGGCCAACCAGGGCUUGUCGAAUAUACUGGCUUCCAGAAUGGCCAACAAGGACCCCCAGGGAUGAAGGGUAUGAUCGGUCUGCCAGGAAUGCCAGGAGACUCAGGAUCACCAGGACAGGUUGGUGAACCAUGCAGAUGUGAUUUAAAUACAAGGAUAUUUGGCCUUCAGGGAGCUCCAGGCCCUGCUGGACUUCCAGGAAUGAAUGGUCAUCUAGGACUAAAGGGAGAUAAAGGAGUUAAGGGAGUCCCAGGGUCCAACGGACUGCAGGGCCCGCAGGGGAUUAUGGGUUAUCCAGGCCGACAGGGAUGUAAGGGAGAUGACGACGUUGAACCUGGAUUUGGACUGAAAGGGGACAGAGGACUUCCAGGACCCCCAGGAACGCGUGGGCUACAUGGCAAACAGGGGGUACCAGGUCAACCAGGGGGCAAGGGUCUGCCAGGGCCCAAGGGUAACUUGGUCACAUGGCCGGGUAUGAAGGGGCAGCGGGGCCUUCCAGGAAGGCCUGGCACUCAUGGACCAAUGGGAAAGGAAGGGGAUUUUGGUCCCCCAGGGGUUGGACCGCAAGGUUAUCCAGGGCAGAAUGGAAGUUCAGGGGUAGAUGGUCCUCCAGGACUACCUGGAGUGCCAGGAGUGAAAGGAGAACCAAAGAGAAUGAACAUCAGCCAAGGAUAUCCAGGUCCUCCAGGCUUCAAAGGUCUACCCGGAAUGCCUGGUUUACCAGGAGCCCAAGGGAACUGGGGUCCCCUUGGAGAUCCAGGGCUACCUGGCACUAAGGGGGAAAAGGGAAGAAUGUUAUCAGUACAAUAUCCUGGGGUCCCAGGAGUAAAAGGUGAGGAAGGCACACCUGGUAAGCCGGGCAUUUCAAGAAUUGGCUUACCGGGACAACCAGGAGCUCCCGGCCAUCAAGGGCCUCCAGGGUCAAAGGGUGAUAUAGGGUAUGGACUCCCAGGUUGGCCAGGCCCCCAGGGACCAGCUGGCAGCAAUGGGGAUAUAGGGCCCUCAGGUGAUGUUGGCCUUCUGGGCUUGACUGGACCUGCUGGAGCCCCAGGACAUGCAGGAUCACAGGGGGUGAAAGGGGUGAAAGGCUCCGUUGGGCUGCAGGGUAUGCCAGGGCCUCCAUGGCAGGGUGGUCUACCAGGGAAGGAUGGUUCUCCAGGACUGAUGGGAAUGCCUGGCCACCCAGGCCCCUCCAUGCCCGGGAACCCAGGACCCCCAGGCUUGAAUGGGUUCAGAGGGCUUGACGGUCUACCUGGGCGUACAGGCUGCAGUGGAGAACCGGGUCCACCGGGGACACCAAGCUAUGGGCCAGAUGGUCAACCUGGGCCAAAAGGAGCACCUGGGCCAAAAGGAUCUUCAGGCUUAAAUGGUCACGAAGGCUCCAAUGGUGCAGCUGGCCCAGAUGGGGAUCCUGGUUCUCCUGGACCCCCAGGUCGUCCAUCCACUGGGCCCCCAGGGGACACUGGACCUCCAGGGCCUGUGGAUGCUAUUGGACCAAUGGGGGAUCCAGGAAUACCAGGGAUGCAAGGACCAAAAGGAAAGGAUGGGGCUCCAGGAAGAAUGUCUCCAGGACUCAGAGGUGAUCCAGGUGCCAAAGGAGUUCCGGGAAGUCCAGGCAGUUUGGGUCCCUCUGGAGCUCCAGGCUAUAUGGGCGUACCAGGUCCACCAGGCAUGAAGGGGGGGGCAGGGAACCCUGGGUAUCCUGGUCCAUCGGGGGAACCUGGCGCACCAGGUGCAAAAGGAGACAGAGGAGAACCUGGCUAUGCAAGACCUGGUCCAGCAGGACCACGUGGACCAAAGGGAGAGCCGGGACUCCCCAGUGCCUCAGGAACCAAGGGAUCCAAGGGAAAUGCUGGGAGCCCAGGACCUCCUGGAGUUCCAGGGAGACCUGGAGAUGCAGGGAAUGUGGGACCAGCUGGAGACAAAGGAUUGCCAGGCCUCCUUGGACAAAAUGGCUCAGAUGGUCCUACUGGUCCUCCAGGACCUCCAGGGCAAUAUGAAUCUUCAGGACAACCUGGCAUUCCUGGAGUCCCAGGCCCUCCUGGAAUGAAGGGAAGUCAGGGACGUGACGGGAUACCAGGUCCUUCGGGACCAAAAGGAGACACAGGCACAGGUUUCCGUGGUAUAUGGGGGUCAGGGCCCCCAGGAAAGCCAGGUGAACCAGGGGAACCAGGACCACCUGGUCCUCCGAGCUUUGGAUCUCCAGGGUGCCAUGGGGAUCCUGGGCCCCCGGGUCCAAAUGGACUAAGUGGACCACCAGGUUCCCCUGGGCCUGAUGGUAUCUGUAUCCCUGGAGGGAAAGGAGAACCAGGUCAAAAUGGCAACCCUGGAAGGCCAGGUCCCUCAGGCCCUCGGGGACCCCCAGGUCCACCAUUUCCUGGAAAUAAAGGAGACAAAGGGGAGUCAGGACUCCCGGGUUCUAAGGGGCUUCCUGGAAGUCGGGGAGACGCAGGUCAUCCAGGCAGACUGGGACCUCCGGGAUUCCCAGGGGAAAAGGGUUCGAGAGGUGAUCAAGGAUUUCCUGGCGCCCGCGGACCAGCCGGUGACACAGGAGAGACAGGUGCUUAUUCUGGUCGAAAAGGAGAGCCAGGGCCAAACGGCCCACCAGGACCGCCAGGCUCAGAUCCGUGCCCUAUGGGGAUCGGAGGGGAUCCAGGGCCAUUGGGACGCCCUGGAGAUCCAGGACCUUUCGGUUUCCCAGGCUCACCAGGAUCACCUGGACCUCCAGGUCAUCCUGGCCCCGAAGGCCCACGUGGUUUCGGGGACCCAGGUCUACCAGGCAUUGCUGGGCGUAAAGGAGAAAAGGGGUUUCCAGGCCCACCAGGGCCACAAGGGUAUCCAGGGCCCCCAGGACAAAAGGGCAGGCCAGGCCCCCCUGGGGGUGGCAGUUUCAGUGCUACUGGUAACAGCUUCCUCUUCACAAGGCAUAGCCAGGGGUUGCAGAUACCAAGUUGCCCCUCAGGCACCACAGCCCUCAGUUCUGGGUACUCUCUGCUCUUCAUCAACACCAAUGAACAAGGCCACGGCCAAGAUCUGGGAACCAUGGGAAGCUGCCUUCCUCGUUUCUCCCCCAUGCCCUUCCUCUUCUGUGACAUAAACAAGACCUGUCAGUAUGCCUCCCGCAAUGACCACUCCUAUUGGCUGUCCACCGAUGAGGUCACGCCCAAAAACAGGGAGCCCAUUUCAGGCGACCUGCUGAGCAGAUUCAUUAGCAGGUGCUCGGUUUGUGAAUCCAGCACAUAUGUCAUGACUGUCCACAGCCAAAACACUUGCAUCCCAGAAUGUCCGCCCGGCUGGCUCUCCCUGUGGACUGGGUACUCCUUCGCUAUGCAAACUGCUGCAGGAGCAGAAGGUUCUGGCCAGCCUCUGGGCUCCGCUGGGUCCUGUCUGGAGCAAUUUCGUAGGGUCCCCUUCAUCGAGUGCCAUGGACGCGGGACCUGUGCCUACGACACCGACUCCUCCAGCUAUUGGCUGGCCUCUCUUGACCCCUCCCACAUGUUCAAGAAACCAGAGUCUCAGACACUCAAGGAGCCUUUCCUGAAGAACAUCAUUAGCCGCUGUAACGUCUGCAGGAAACAGCCUGUUCAUCACCUUGUCACAUGAAGAGACUGAACCACUGGACGAGCCAAUCACAUACAAGGAGAAGAUCCUACCGUGCUGAUAGAUGCUGAUGGCCUACCUAAAAGAGUUCAAAAUAUAAUUUUACUAUUAGAUUGCACUUUAGUCAUUUUAUGCUAGUCACUACUGAAAACAUUUAUGUUUUAUUGAUUUAUUCAUAUAGAAAUUUUUAUUUUGAUAUUCAAAAUAAAGCAGUUAAACUGAA